AUGGGUCUUCCUUCUGCGGGGACGUCCCGGAGGUUUCUUCCAGAAAGUCACUUUCAGAGUCUUUUUCUAAACCAAGUGGAUUCAGGCCAAAAGGUGGGGAGAUAUAUGGACUAUUGUGCGGAGGUCCGAGAAGCAGGCGCAGAAACACGGCGCUCCCAGCUAGUGCCUGUUCGAGAGCAGCGUGCCAUGACAGUACAGCACAGCGCAAACACUCCCUUGGAAAGCAUCCACCUCAACAAGAGAGAAAUGCUGUCUGAAGCAAUGCCCACUCUGAGCAGCAUUGCAGCAGCAUUGCAGCAGCAGCAGCAGCAUUGCAUUGCAGCAGCAGCAGUGGUGGAAGUGGAGGCCAGCAGAAUGUUGCGAGCAGGGUGGGUCAUGGUCCUGACCCACUACCUCCUGCUCCUCUUUCUUCUGGCCCUGCAAGCCCAGAAUGUCCAGAGUGCUCCAGUACCUGGGCAGAGAGCAGCUGAGGCCAGAGAGGAUUCUUCUCCAGCUCCUCAAGCAGAUUCCAUGCUGAUUCCAAGCUGGUAUUUGAAGCGGAAGGAUUUACAGAGGAUACCUGUGGUUCCAAAGGGGCUUCUAACAGCAUUGGUGAAAGCUGCAUCUGAGAGAGAUCAUGAGAUUGUGCAGAAAGAGAUCUUGCCUAUGGAAGAAAAAAGCAGUAUGCCAGGCUUAGAUGAAGAAACAGAAGCAGUAACGGAUACCAGCACACUUGGUCAGCAUGAGAGCUAUUCAGAAAGGUCAGCUCCUGGGCAAAAAGCCGAGACUGCUGGACAAUGGCAACUCAGCAAGAGGUACAUCCUAACAUCUAUAGCAGUCUCAGCUGUGCUGCUGCUUUCAGCAUUGAUUGGGUACACAGUGAUGUAUCAACUGCUGAAGAGAGACGUGAAGAAUCAGGGAGACGAAGGAGUAUCAACAGAAUGCAACACUUUCUCUUUUGGGGACAUUGAUUAGAGUAAAAUGAAAGGCGAAGCAGACUGAGGAGAAUGCUGAGGAGGGAUCAAGAGAGUCCAAGCCAACAAGUUCAACAGCAGUUUCCACCUGUCACCAGAGAUCUCUGCGGCAGAGCUCACCCAGCUGUACAAGAUCAUCUCACCUCUGCCUGCCAGUUGUCUGAUGGUGCCUUUUCACAGGCUCUACGUGACCUAUGUUGUUUUUAUAUAUAUUUGUAUAAUUAUUAUAUUUCCUGUAUGUCAGUCCAUG